AUAGACUAUAGAGAGAUUCCCAACUUGGGCCAUGAUUACCGAGCCACUCACCAUAGCAAAGCACAUCACAGUUGGCUUGGUGCCCAGCAGCAACUGAAGCACAGGAUUUAAUUACACCCUCAUCUUCGCCCACAAAAUUUCCUUUAAACCCUAAAUCUCUGCCUCCCUUCUAUUAACUCAUUGCCGCAUCGAUUCACCGGAGAAUUCUCGAUUCAUCCAGAUAUAUUGAGCAUUUAUUGGUUGGAAUUCGGAUUGCAGUAUGUCGGAUAAGCAUGUGAUUAAGCGCGCCAAGUAUAAAUCUUCCACCAAGGACCCCGGCGUUCCUGGCGUCCUCAAACUGAGCAUAGAAAGAUUCAUCUUCAUGCCAAAUGAUCAAAAUUCGGGAGUCAAGCUAAAUGUGGAGUUUAAAAUAGUUAAAGGUCACAAAUUCACCAAGGAGGGUUCCAAACAGGCCCUGCUUAAUCUUACACAGGAACAGGGGGGGAAUUACAUUUUCGAAUUUGAUACUUUUGCCGAGCGUGAUGUUUGCCGGGAAUUUGUUGCCAGGGCUAUUGCAUUCUAUACUGAAGGUGGGAAAGCAGGACCGGAAAGAGCUACUCCUCCAGUAACCAACGAGCAACUUAGUAGCAUAGAAACAGAGCGCAGAAUCAAGCUACUGCAGGAAAAUAGUGAGUUACAGACACUGCACAAGCAAUUUGUAUUUGGAGGUAUACUGACAGAUGAUGAAUUUUGGGCAACAAGGAAGAAAUUGCUAGACCAGAAUGAUAGCAGAAGGCCAAAGCAGCGCCUAGCAUUAAAGAAUGAAAUGUGGAGCUUAAAACCAUUAUCCGAUGGCCAGUCAAACAGAGUGACAUUUAACUUGACGCCAGAACUCAUUCAUCAGAUAUUUGCUGAAAAACCAGCUGUUCGCCAAGCAUACUUGAAGUUUGUUCCGCACAAGUUGAGCAAAACCGAGUUCUGGACCAAAUAUUCAAGAGCACAAUUUCUUCACAGUACGAGAAAUGUAGUUGCAGCUGCAGCAGAGGGUGAUGAAGAUGAGGAGCUUGCUGUUUUCUUGAAGAGAGAUGAUAUGCUGGCAAAUGAAGCUCGGAGAAAGAUUAGGCGUGUUGAUCCAACUGUGGACAUUGAAGCUGAUGAGGGUGAUGAUUACACACAUCUCCCGGAUCAUGGGUUAGUUCGCGAUGAGACCAAAGAUGUAUUGGACCCUCGGUAUGAGCCAUACCGGCGAUCUUUCUCGCAAGAUUUGAAUCAGCAUUCUGCAGUUGUUCUUCAAGGAAGAGUUGUGGAUGCUGAGCUGACUGAUCCAAGAGAUGUUGCUGAAGCCCUUACCAGGAAAAAGCAGGCUGAACUGUCUGAGGACAAAUUAAAUACAAAUUUUGAGAAAGAACUAUCCAACAGGAUUUCUCGAAGUGCAGAGCUUGAAGAUCUUCAGGGCCCUCGAGAUCCUGCUGUUGCACCCCUCAGUAUCAAGGAUCCGAGGGACUACUUUGAUUCUCAGCAGGCCAAUGCACUAAAAGCGUUGGGAGAUACAGGUUCAGCUGCAAAACCCUUGAUAUCCAGUGCGAGUGCACGGCAAGCUUAUGACUCAUUAAGGAAUGUCAUAAUUGAUAUUAAUGAAAUGGGGUUAACUGAGCCGAUAAUGAAUCAGGAGGUUGCACUAAAGGUCCUCAGUGGGUUGACCCAGAGUAUCUCUAGCACCAAGUUCCAUCUUGGAAACAGUUCUAACGACAGUAUCCUCGAUAUGUUACCAAAAGUUACUAAGGAAGAACUCUUGCAUCACUGGACUUCGGUGCAGGAACUCUUGAAACACUUUUGGUCAUCAUACCCUCUUACAACCAAGUACCUUUAUAACAAGGUCACCAGAUUGAAAGACGCAAUGUCCCAAGUAUAUCCAAAGUUGCAGGAGAUCAAGGAAUCUGUACAAUCUGAUUUCAGGCAUCAGGUGUCACUUCUUGUUCACCCAAUGCUUCAGGCUCUGGAUGCGGCGUUUGCACACUACGAUGCAGAUGUUCAGAGGAGGUCUGCCAAGAGCGGAGAGAAACGCAAUGGGUUUACGUAGAAGUGUGAUUUCACCCUUUUCUUCAGUUGCCAUUGUUUUGCAAAUUUGGUCGUCUUUUUCUUGAAAGAAAUGUCAUUCAUAUUUUUCCGUGUUGCCAAGGUUGCUGAAUGCGUCAUAUAUUAAAACUAUAUCAACUGAUUUUUCAGUCUUUAUAGUACUAUAUUUAUAUAUGAGUAUCAAGUUUUGGUAGAAGAUCUAAAGGGUUUGUACCACUGAAAAGACGUACCUUCAUGAUGGACGUUCUUGUCUUUACCACCAUCUGUUGUGAAAAAACAUACUAGUACUAUAAACUUCUAGUGUGUAUCCCAAUUUUUCCCGA